CUGUUUGCGCGUUUUACGCGACGCGGGAAAACUUUAACGCGUCCGUUAUCAACAAAGCUGUCAAACUUCAAACCCGGCUGUUUUGUCACUGCAACUUCACGAGAGUCCAAAACAACGCGCUUACAGUGCUGUGGAAGGCAAUGUUCGCGUCUAGUUCUGUCGCGUCGCUCGCAGUGUUUGAAACAGCUGCUCCGGUGUGUUUAUGAAGAGCAAAGUAAUGGAGCGGUUUAAAGCGACGCGUCUCGUAGUGUGUUUGCUGCUCUUUCUGACGCUCUGCGUGGAUUUGGGAUACGAAUUCAGAAAGAAUAAGGACACCGAGUUCACUUUCCUUCUUCCUGCCGGAGCAACCGAGUGCUUCUUCCAAACAGCCACUAAGACCGGCAGCUUAGAAGUGGAGUACCAGGUGAUUGCAGGCUCAGGGCUGGACGUGGGAUUCACUCUGAUCUCCCCCAGUGGAUACAGACUGGUCUCAGACUUCAGAAAAUCGGACGGCAUCCACACGGUGGACCCCGCUGAGGAGGGCGACUACAGGAUUUGCUUUGAUAACAGCUUCAGCCGUGUUUCAGAGAAGAUGGUGUACGUGGAGGUGAUCGUGGAUGGACCAGAAGAGGAGGAGGAGGAGGAUGAGGAAGACUGGGCUGCUCUGGCUGAACCGGAGGAUUCGCUGGAGUACAAACUGGAGGAUAUCAGGGACACAAUGGAUGCUGUGCACAAGAACCUGGAGCGAAGCCGUCAGAUGCAGGCGAUGCUGCGGGCGUUGGAGGCUCGCGACCGCUACCUGCUGGAGGAUAACCUGUGGCGGGUUUCCUUUUGGUCCAGCGUCAGUUUGCUGGUCAUGGUCAGCGUGGCCCUCACACAGGUCUACACGGUACGCAGAUUAUUCAGUGACUCGCGCAGAGUCUGCACAUAGCAGGGAUGAACUGAGGGGAAGAUGCUGUAACACUCUAUGCACUGUUAACCUAAAAUACAAACUAAUGGAUUCUUGAAAUGAAGAU